CACAUAAACCCUAAAUCAUGCGCAACUUAAAAUCGAUCUAUCUCUCAAACCCUGAGGAACCAGAUGACGAGCCACAUAUCAAAUUGAAGCUCUUGACGAGAAGAAUCCAUCAGCGUAAACCGUUCGUCGAUACGAUCUCAGACGCGCCCUCACUUGCAGAAACAAUACACGGCGCCGUCUUGGUCUUUUGAAACCCUAAUCCCGAAGAACCCUAAAUUGUUCUUGCUUGUGUUCCGGCUUGCAAACUCCGAUCAAGCUCAGCUCCGAUCAAGCUCAGCUCCAGACGUUCCCUGUCCGUGAUCAACGUCCUCAGCCUCAGCACAGCUUGCGUCCAGCUCAUACCAAAUCCCUGACCAAACACAACCGUCCGCGAGAAGAAACAAGCUCGCGAUAGCCGUCGGCAACGCGACCCGAUAGGAGCCGACUCGAGCCCGUUCGUCUCAGCUCGUCUCUGAUCUUUGGAGGUCCGGUGUCUACAAUCUGCAAAACAAGGGUAAUCCUAAAUUCUGAGAAUAUGAAUUGAACCUGGUUGUUUUGUAAAGAUUGAAACCCUAAAAUCAGAACUCUAAAGAUGAAAGCCAUAGGAAAAAUAGAUCAAAUCCUAAAGAGUAAAUCGGAGCUCGAAUACGUCCGUUCUCCUAAACCAUAAUUCGAGAUUGAUCCAUUGAUCAAUUAAAAUAAAAGUUUUAAUGAUUUUGAAUCUCAAAUCAAAUUCCCUUGAUCAAAUAUCAAAGUUUCGAAAACCCUAAAACCCUAAACUGGAAAUCGGUUUUAAUUGUUUGAUUUAAAACUUGAUUGUUUUAUUUGAUCACCUAGAAAGAUUGCUAGGAUUGUUUAAACUCGAAUCUGAAUUGCUUGACUUGUUUAAACUAAAAAACUUGAUAAGCCCUUGAUUAUAUCAUCUCGUGGCCGUGUGGCCUUAUUGCCUUCAUACUCGAACUUGAUCACUACUGAUUGAUUGCAAUUGAACUUAGAUCUAAUUCCAGGGAUGAUGAAUUGAACUAAAAUAGCCGUGUGGCUCAUCUUGGCCGUAAGGUAUUGCUUGAAUGUUUAAAUGUUUAAAAACACUUAAUCUCGAUUUAUAUUCCUAAAGGCUUUGAAACCUUAAUCUUAAAAUCGAAUCCUACUAAUGUUUAAACCGAAACCCUAGAAUUGAUUAAGAUUAUUUGCAUACAAAUGAAUCUGAAUAUGGAUUGCAUUCAUACUGUUUAAAAGGAAUCGACCAGCAUGUAGUUUAUAAAAUCUUGAAACCGUUUGCAUUAAGUAGAACUACAUGGCCGUGUGGCUUGAUGAUUGUUUCGCACCAUGGUCGAUUAGAUUGCUUGAUUUUCAUAAAUGCGUAAGACAUGUUUGUGGCCGAGCUUGUCGAUUAUCUUGCGGCCACAUGAUCACAUUGUGAGACUCAAUUUUGAAUGAUGAUGUGAUUCAGAUGUCGAAAAUCUCAAACAGAGACUAUGCAGCCCUUAAUCUCUCCGGAGAUAACUACUUGCAGUGGGUGCUAGAUACAGAGAUCAGUCUAAGGUCAAAGGGACUUGGUGAUACUAUCAUCAAGGGCAACAAUGAGACCGAUAAAAAUCGGUACAUGGCUAUAAGUAUUAUACGCCAUCACCUCAUUGAAGGUCUAAAAGAUCAGUACAUCACGAUGGAAAAUCCACUGGAACUUUGGGAUGCUUUACAGCAUAGAUAUGAUCACCAGAAAACGGUGUUACUUCCAAAGGCUAGAAACGACUGGAAGAAUCUUAGAUUCUUGGAUUAUAAGUCGGUGGAUGAGUACAAUUCAGUCUUAUUUAAGACGGUCUCGAUGCUGAGACAUUGUGGUGAAGUAGUAACCGAAGAAGAGUUACUUGAGAAGACUUACUCUACAUUCCAUUCAUCGAAUGCAAACAAUGAGCUCCUGAUGAAGAACAGUGAAGCUAGACCUGUUGGAACAGCACCAUUACCGGAAGCUAAUGAGGUUGAAAAGAAAGAACCCAACGAGUGCAAUUACGUCCAAAACAAUAAGAGAUCACACGGCAAUGGCCGUAGUGGUUACAAGGGGCGUGGCAGUGACAAUUACUCGAACAGCCGAGACAACUACUCGACCGGCCGGAAAGGAAACCACAAUAACCAUGGUCGUGGUUCCAAUUAUGGCCGUGGCCGAGGUAGUUAUGGCCGUGGUCGAGGCGGCAUAUCCAAACCGUCUUACUCGACCAAAUAUGUUUGUCACAGAUGUGGAAUGGGAAACCAUUGGGCCAAGAACUGUAGAACCCCUAAGCACUUAUGUGAGCUCUACCAAGAAAGUCUGAAGAACAAGAACCCGGAGGCUCACAUGGUUCACGAUUCCGGAUAUGAGGCCGAUAAUGAUUCCGACAUUGCUAAAGAUGACCAGAAGGACUUUGAGACUUCUGAUUGUCUCAAGGACUAAAUUUUGAUACGACUUGUCUUAUUGCUUUAUGAUUUGCUUUGAUGUUUCACGAUUUUAUAUAUAUAAUAAGAAUUGAUUUUGAAUUCAUUAUCUUGCCUGAUCUUACUUGAACAUAUAAAUAAUUUUAAAGAGUUGCCUAAAGGGCAUAAAACCAAGUAAGAAAUCAUGAAUGGGUAUAGUAAGCAUAGUAAAGAAACUAUGGCUAAGGCAUUGCCUUAAAAGGCGUUAUACACACCGAAAAGAACAUGUGACCCUUUGAAGUUAUAAUGUAUGGUUUCCAAGUAGAAACAAUGGGUAAGGAAGGAAACAAGUACAUUUAGAUUUUAAGAAGAAAAACGCCUAAGACCUUGAAAGAAAGUGGUCAAGACUAUACCGAUGAUCUCUACUGAUCAAAACUAUGCUACAGAUC